GUCCGAGUGGCCUUGCUGGCACAAUCUCCUGGGAUCUUACCUGCAACCGACGUCUCGUGGAUAUUCUAUCAGUUCAGCCCGGCCUCCAUCGAUUUCAGCGUUUCAGCGCGUCCUUAAGCCGUCCUGACACUCCGCGAUCGAAUCUGCCUGCGCCUCGAGAAAACCGUCCCCUCACUUCAGUUCAACUGAACUCCCCAUGCGACUUCUGCUGCACCGAGUCCACGUCUCGAUGUUCUGAGAAAACUGCACUUCUCCUUUGAUCAGAGCACCUUAAGGGACAUUGCGGCUCACCAUGGCUAGGGACCGUAAUUCGGCCCAACUUGGGAUUGCGCAGUUGCUCAAUAAGAUCAAUGACCCCGACCCAGAUAUUCGUUUCAUGCAACUUAGCGACCUCACAGAACUGCUAGAGUCUUCUCACUCGGAGUACAUACGGACUGACCAUCAUACUGCGGCAAGAAUCAUCGACGGUCUACUCAAGGCUUUGGCUGAUCAGCACGGCGAAGUUCAGAAUCAGGCACUGAAAUGUAUUGCCCCUCUCGCUGCACGCAUACCGGGAGAGACUAUUGCACCUCUGAUAGACAAACUCACCGAUCUCACCAGCAGUGACAUCGAUUUUUCCAUCCCCAAUUCUGCGUUACGAGCUCUCAUAGCGUCCUUGCCUCAACCCAAACCGAAUCAAGCUCCUGCCCAAGAUGUGAGAGAAGCAUAUGGUGCGGUCAGCAAGGUCUUGAUUCCAAGACUGGUCGGUCAUGUGGUGUUGCCGUCCGGUAGGCCUCCGCCACAGCUGCCGACCGGAUUGUUGGAACAACAGAGAGACAAAGGCUUCAGUAGUGAUGCAGUCGAUGUCAUGAUUGAAAUUGUCAAAUGUUAUGGAUCCCUCCUGCAAGAUUUAGAACUGGUGGCGCUGGCCAAGGCUGUGAUGAACAUCAUUGAGAGUCCGCUGGCUGGAGGGGUGGUCAAGAAGCGAGCUUUGGCAGGUAUUGGCGCAUUGCUGGUUCACUUCAAUGAUGCCCAAGUCAGCUCCUUCGUGGCAGCCCUCACGGAAAGCUUUCAAAACUCUCAGCUAACCACGGAACAUCGGAGAUUUCUUGUGGCAACGAUCGCUACCCUUGCCCGUUCGAGUCCAGCCAAAUUUGGACCCUUCCUCAACAAUGUCGUUCCCUACGUUCUUCAGGUCCUCAGUCAAAAGGAGCUUUCUUCGACUGCAUCUGUGUCGGAUGAGGACACAGAGGUUGACCCAGAGAUCGAGGAAUUGCGAGAAACUGCCCUCUUUGCCCUCGAGGCCUUGCUUGGAUCCUGUCCGCUUGAGAUGAAACCUCAUUUUCCUGGCGCUAUUGACGCUGCAUUGAGAUAUCUCAAGUACGACCCAAAUGUGGCAGAUAUCGAAGAUGACGAAAUGGGAGGGACUCAAGACGAAGAUUCUGAUGACGGCAUCACGGAAGAAGCCCUAGAAGAUGACGAUGACGAUGAAUAUGCGGAGUUGGAUGAUGACGAUGCUUUCAGCGACGUCGAUGACAUGAGCUGGAAAGUGCGACGUUAUGCGGCGAAAACUCUCUACACAAUUGUUUCGGGCUCUUCGGCGGACGACAGAGGCAUGCUCUUUGGCAGGAUCGCGCCAAUUCUGAUCUCUAGGCUGUUCAACGAGCGCGAAGAUAACGUCCGAUUGGAAGUCAUUGCAGCUACCACCGCCUUGAUUCGGAAAACGGGAUCUGGCCUGACCGAAUCAUUAACCAAGGUUGAUUCUUCAGAAAACCCAGCAAUGCCAACGAAUACUCGCAAGCGAAGACGACAAGACAGCGAAGCCGAUAAGAAGGAUCCGGAUCUGCGAGGUCUAAUAUCCAUCCGGUCGAGUCCUCCUAUCGUCCCAGCCUCUCCGCCCACGGGGUCACAGGCUGAGCUUGUCAGUUUGGUGCCAAAGAUUGUUCAAGCGCUCGCAAAGUUGUGGAAGAAAGCAAGCAUAUCGCUCAAGCAGGCUGCGGUUGUCAUGCUCAAGACUUUGACCUUGGCAAGAAAUGGAAUUCUGUCGGACCACCUGCAGCAGCUCGAAGAUCCCGUCGCCGACGCUUUGAAGCCGUCAUUUGGCUCAGGAUCGAGCGGUGCAGCCUCAGGCACCUCGGCAACUGUUGCCAGUCUUCAGAUUGAGGCAUUGACAUUGAUCAGUGCAAUUGCGGAGACUAACGGUACCACUGUACUGAUCCCCUUCGUCAUCGCCCUUAUACCCCCGGUCACAGCAAUUGCUCGUGAUAGAAACUACAAAGUUUCAACCGAAGCUCUUGCCACGGUUGAGCAGUUCGUCAAGGCUCUGACUCCACCUCGACUGCCUACCGCAAAUCAAGAUCACGCCAUACACAUUGAGAAGCUCUGGGAAGUAAUAGUCGACCGCGUCACGGACAAUAACACUGACCUGGAAGUGCGGCAUCGGGCUAUCCAGGUAUUUGGUGUCCUUAUGGCGAGAACAUCGGGAACUCAACUGCUGUCAAGUUCAGCCAGGGCUAGGAGCCUCGGAAUCCUAAACGACAGGCUGAAGAACGAAACCACCAGACUCGCGAGUGCGAGAGCAAUUGGUCGCGUUGGUGAAGCCGUAAACGGUCAAGAUGAAAUCGGGUCUGCUUGGGUGCAAGAAGUCUCACUCGAGAUGGCUAAUCAACUCCGCAAAGCCGAUCGAUCUCUCCGGGGUUCCUGCUUGGAAUCAUUACAAUACCUUGCCUUGAACCCCGUAACAUCCUCAUUGUACGAGACAACCACGAUCCUGCAAUUGCAAGGCAUGUUGAUGCCUCUAAUUUCUGUCAACGACCUUCACUUGUUGACCCCGGCACUUGUCAUCAUGUCCAAAAUCAUCCCCACCAACGCUCAGGCACUGGUCACCCCGGAGCUGGUCGAAGCGCUUUGUGGCGUGUCACAAACUCGCAUCGAAGGGCCUCCGCUUCGAGCGUAUUUGCUCGUCGUGAAAGUCAUUGGUGAACACGGUGUUGGUGCACUGUUCAUGAAAGGUCUCCUCGGCGUGGGGACCGCCGGAGAGACUAUGGUUCUGGGAAGAGCGAUUGGCACAUUACUCGUUUACGGAGGCGACAACCUGAAUAUUACGAUAGACGAUUUUCUGAAAGAACUCGAAACAUCCCAAGAUGUGCGAGCCAUUUGCUUGGCCCUGACGGUGCUGGGAGAGGUCGGAUUCAGAAUGGGACCGAACUCACCUGUGAAGAUUCAAACCUUCAUCAACUGCCUCUCCGCCGAAUCAGACAAAGUCCGACUCUCUGCUGCCAUUGCAUUGGGCAGUGCCAGUUCCAACAACAUUGCAGAAUGCGUGCCUGUUAUACUCCAGAGCUUGACACAGACAUCAGCCUCUGACUACCUUUACUUGCACUCUGUCAAGGAGAUUCUGGAACACUCUGAGAGCACGCUGGGAGAAAUGGCUCCGUACGCAGCCGAGUUGUGGCAGAAGCUCUUCGCCGUGUCUCAGGUAGAGGACAAUAGCGCGGUUGGAGCCGAAUGCAUUGGUCGAUUAGCCACGAUUGACCCCAACACAUAUAUCCCCGAGCUCUCCAAAGCACUGGCAGACCCAAACCCAUCGGUCCGUGGCACUGUUAUCUCCGCCUUCCGUUUUACCCUGGGCGAAGCCAGCAACUCCUACAACAACAUUCUCGUCAAGACAAUGACGCCCAUGCUUCAGAUGAUGCUGAAUGAUAGCGACCUGUCUAACCGACGUCUGGCAGUGACCACUCUCAAUGCCGCAAUCCACAACAAACCGGAACUCGUGAUUCCGGAUGUCAGCCAGCUUCUCCCAAAGGUCUUGGAGGACUCGAAGAUCAAGCCCGAACUUGUGAAGCAGGUCAAGAUUGGCCCCUUUACUCACACUGAAGAUGCAGGUCUGGACCUUCGGAAGUCCGCGUAUGCGACCAUGUACGCCCUCCUAGAUUGCCCUGGCGCGAUCCCGCAGCUACCCAUCUCCAGACUCUUUGACCGCAUCCUGGAUGGAAUUCCUGAUGACCACGACAUCCGCACCUUGUGCAUCCUCAUGCUGACUCGCCUGUCGGCGAUUGAUCCUGACCGAACACGACGCCGCUUGCCCACGCUCGCUGAGAAAUUCCGGGUGGUUUUGGGUGCGAAAUUGAAGGAGAAUGCCGUCAAGCAGGAAAUUGAGAAAGUGAAUGAAGCAAAUGCCGCGGUGGUCCGGAUCACUCUGGAACUGGACAGGAAGUUUCCGAAUGCGACUGUAGAAGGUAUCGUGGGAGAGUUGAUCUCAUGGAAAGGCUACGUUGAGUUUGUGAAGAGAGAAUUUGCAGGUAUGGUGAGGAAUGUGCAGAUGGAAGGGGUUUAGGAGACCACAGCGGAUGGACAGGAUGGACAUGCCAGUGCAAUAUUGAUGCGGCGGAUCUCCUCCUCCCAUCUUGUUGUGGCGUGGAGCGACGGUCACGGCCUAGAGGCAGAGGCAUAGCCUCUAGUGUGGUGCUUCGGAUGCAUGGAAGGAUAACGAAGUCAGGGGCUGAUUGGAACGACUUACGAUCGCGAGGCGGAAGUCAGUUGCACCGAAGCCAGUUACGAUCGAGUCGUAGUGGCCUUGCAAACGGGACACGGCAUCAGCAUGAGCAACGAGACGUGAUAGGGAGACAUGAUAUUGGCGCUGUUGGAAUCAUCCAAAUACCCCCCAUAGCCAGAAGAAGGCGAAAAAGUCAAAAUGACCAACAGAUUCGAUAGAGCAACAAUUCUAACCAUAUUUGGGCCUCUA